CAGAGGGACAACAAAUGUUUUCAGGAAUGGACAUCAUCGUUCAGAACAUUGGACAACUCCCCUCAGAUGUGUUUGCAGAAACAUGUCAGCAGAUUCUGGCUCAUCUUCAAGGGCAAACCAGAGCUGUAGAUGUGGCUGAAAUUUGCGAUAGGUUUCAACGAACUGGAAUAAACCUGGGCUGGAAAAGUGUUCAAGAUAUAGUUAGACUGCUGUCACUUAAUUUUAGAUCAGCAGCGAAGACGAAUCACACACCAGAUCUGCUGAUCACUGAAUUAAGAGAAAGCAGCAGUCAUUGGACCAAACCAGCAUUACAGGUUGUGCAUCAGUUGUGGUCUGAGCAUGGUGCUCUUGUUCAAGCUCACCAGGAGGUUCAGGCCAUGUCCAGCAUUGGACAGCUGGUGGACCUGCAGUGGAAACUGGGGAUGGCUGUGAGCUCAGACACAUGUCGGUCUCUCAACUCUCCCUAUGUCUCUCUCGUGUUGAAGAUUGCUGACACAUCAGGAGAAAUAUCAUACAAGUCCUUCGAGAUGACAAUUCCACAGUUCCAGAAUUUUUCCAAACAAUUCAAGGAAAUGGCAUCAGUUUUGGAGACAGUGUAAAUUGGUGAUAUCCUAAAGGCAUCCUGAGCAUUGCUUUGAGGACUUGACCAUCAAGUCAGUGUUAAUGUAAAUGUUUACAAUUAGCUGUUUAAAUUUGUAUCUAGUA